AUGGCUGAAAGACAGAGAUUUAUGGGAAUCAACAAGGCAUGUAUUCUUCUCAUAGUGAUUUCUGGGAUGGAGAGGUUUGCAUUCAAAGGGGUGGCUUCAAAUAUGGUAACUUAUUUAACUGAUGUUAUGAAGAUGAGCAAUUCCUCAGCUGCCAAGACUCUUAAUAGUUGGGUGGGUUUUACUUCGAUGCUGCCUUUGAUAGUGGCCGCACUGGCAGACUCUUACUUAGACAAGUAUUCUACAAUUUUAGCCUCUUCGGUUCUCUAUGUCGCGGGGCUUUUAGCAUUGACAUCAACCGCGAUACGAUGUUCUUGGAAUCCAAUGAACAAAAUCAGUUCAGCUUCGUCCCUUUCUUGGUCUCUAUACAUGAUAUCACUUGGCCAAGGAGGCUACAAUCCGUCCUUACAAGCCUUCGGAGCAGAACAACUAGGAGACGACAAUGGAUUACCUUGUACUAGCAAUAAUGACCAAAGCUCCAAAAAGAAAAGCUUAUUUUUCCAAUGGUGGUACUUUGGUGUUUGUUGUGGAAGCCUCCUAGGUGUCUCAGUAAUGUCAUAUAUGCAAGAAACUUUAGGAUGGGGACUCGGAUUUGCCAUUCCCACGAUGGCAAUGGUAGCAUCAAUCGCUAUGUUUUUGUGUGGAAACCAGUUUUAUACGCACAAACAAGAGAGGAAUAUCGAUGGUAAGUCAUUUGAAGAAAUAAUUCAAACAGUUAAAGCCGCUAUAUCAAAGAUGAUCAAUCGAUGGAAUAUGCCUACUAAUGAUUACAAUGUAGUCGAGCUAGAACUUCAGGAGAAAGCACUCUGUAGUCGAGAUCCUAAUGCCAUCGAGGGCUUUCGAGAAAAUUCCAACGAAAAUAUUCAUCCCUUUCGAGCUGCAAAAAUGGUACUACAUCUGCUGCCGGUUUGGCUAAUGCUUCUUAUGUUCGCAGUAAUUUUUCAACAACCUGCAACAUUCUUUACCAAACAAGGAAUGACAAUGAGGAGGAACAUCGGCACAAAAUUCAAAAUCCCACCGGCCGCACUCCAAAGUGCAAUAACCGUGUCGAUUAUUAUUCUGAUGCCAUUGUACGACCCAUGUUUCAUCCCUCUCGUACGUGUUUUGACAAGAAAUGAAAAGGGAAUCACUGUUACGCAGAGAAUGGGAAUCGGGAUGUUCCUCUCGGUCAUAGCCAUGGUAAUUGCUGCUGUUACUGAAAGAAAGAGGCUCCAAAUUGGUAAAGAAAUGCCAAAUUCUGAGUCAGUCCCAUUUAGCAUCUUUUGGUUGCUUCCUCAAUACAUCCUCUUAGGCAUUUCAGAUAUAUUCACAGUUGUUGGAAUGCAAGAGUUUUUCUAUUCUGAAGUUCCUGUAAGAAUGAGGACAACAGGAAUUGCUCUAUACACAAGUGUUUUUGGGGUAGGAAGUUUCUUAAGUGCCCUUCUCAUAUCUCUCAUCGACUACUUCACAAGUUCGAGAGGAAGGAAAAACGGGUGGUUCUCGGAUGACAUGAAUGAAGCUCGACUCGAUAAAUAUUACUGGUUCUUGGCUGUGUCGAGUGCAAUAAGCUUGUUAACUUUUGUGGUUUAUUGUAGAUUUCUUAAAAGUAGAACAUAAGAUUACUUUGAAGUACUUGUUUAAAAUCACGUGUUCGAGAUCAGGUUAUCAAUUGACUUCUGUCUAAAUAGCCUUGAGGAGCUGUCUGGUAGCAAUUAAUUGCAAAUUUUAAGCAAAAAUUUUACCGUUGCCUGUCGUCA